AUGAUGGUAUACUUGAGUUACCUGUGGAAGUCACUUGAACCAGAGACAACCACAACCGAAGGUGAAGGAUAUGCGCGCUUAAUAAAAUAUGAAAACGAUAAAGAUGAUGAUAAGAGAAUGAUGAUUGAUUGUGCUUGGGCAAUUGAUCGAGCUAUGGCUGAUCCUAGAGAGUCGACUUGGGAAUCAAUUCUAAAGGACUACAUAAGUCCUUCGAUUUGGUUCUCGAGUUUGACUUGCCCUUUUGUGCUGACACUUGUUUACUUGAUCUGUUUGUGCAUUGCUUUUACUAUCAAGAUGCAUGUUUGA